GAGGGGAGCGCGGGGCAGGAGGAGUAUCUCGGCCCAGAAAAUUAUGCAUGCGUUAGGGACGCUCUGAGAGAAUGGCUGUGGAAGCUCUCCACUGCGGUUUGAAUCCACGGGGUAUUGAUCACCCUGCCCGUGCUGAAGGUAUUAAACUGCAAAUUGAAGGUGAAGGUGUUGAUUCUCACUCUAUUAAAAACAAAAAUUUCCAGAAGGUGCUUGACCAUAAAGGAACCCCCAAGCGACUGCAGGCAGAAGCCGAGACAGCUAAGUCGGCUACGGUGAAGCUGUCAAAACCGGUGGCUCUGUGGACUCAGCAGGAUGUCUGCAAGUGGCUGAAGAAACAUUGUCCGAAUCAGUAUCAGAUCUACAGUGAGUCAUUCAAACAGCAUGACAUAACUGGGCGAGCCCUGCUGAGACUUACAGACAAAAAGCUUGAGCGAAUGGGGAUUGCCCAGGAGAGCCUCCGGCAGCACAUCUUGCAACAGGUGCUCCAGCUGAAGGUGCGAGAAGAAGUCAGAAACCUGCAGUUACUCACACAAGGUAUCCUGCUGCUGCCUAGUGGGUGGAUGGAAGGGGAGAUGGGAGGAAAGAAACCCUUACCGUCGUGA